GCCGGCGCUUCUACUGACACUGUCUGUCUCUUCCUUGGAGUCUCAUCUAUCCAUUCUCGUAGGUUAGAUCAUCAAUAUAUAACUCGGACUUCUCCUCACCGACCCGUACCCCUCACCUUCUCGUUCUGUGUCGCUGUUUCCGUGUGAGAGACGUAUUAGCGCAAUUGACAAGAUGGCGUCGCGCGACCAACUAGGGAUGGCCGAGGCAAAGCAUUCCCAGUCAACGGAUCAGAUCACAUCUGUUUCACAGGACCUGGAUGAGAAUUAUGAGUUCUUCAAAGCUGGGAGCGAUGUUGAUGCGACGGAGGGCGAAGUUAAGAAAGUCGUUCGCAAAAUCGACUACCAUGUCGUGCCAAUCUUAUUCGUCAUAUAUUUCCUACAAUAUCUCGACAAGAACGCCAUCAAUUUUGCCAAUGCCUACGGGCUUCAGAUGGGCACCAAUCUUCACGGACAAGAUUUCUCUUGGCUCGGUUCGAUAUUCUACUUUGGUUACCUCGCUGGGCAGAUUCCCUCAGGCUACUUAAUACAACGAUUACCUGUUGGUCGUGUUGUAUCUAUCACCGUGAUUAUUUGGGGAGCUAUUGUCUUGACUACUCCAGCAUGCACAUCAUUUGGUGGUAUCGCAACAAACCGUUUCUUUCUAGGAUUCACUGAGGCCACGGUUAAUCCUGCAUUCGUCUUGAUCAUGUCCAUCUGGUAUAAGAACGACGAGCAGCCGCUACGUCUCGAAGCAUAUUAUUGUACAAAUGGUCUGGCCACGAUGUUCGGCGGCUUAAUCGGUUACGCCGUGGGCCACAUCACGACCGGAUUGCCGAGGUGGAUGUACGUCUUCCUCAUUUUCGGCGCUAUCAGCCUCGCCACCGGCAUCGUCAGCGUGUUCGUGUUACCCGACGUUCCCGCCACGGCACGGUUCCUGAACCAGAGAGAACGGACAAUUGCCACGGGCCGUGUGGCAACCAACCGAACUGGAGUGAAGAACCACCAUUUCAAGAAAUACCAGGCCAUCCAAUGUAUCAAAGACCCUAAAACCUGGAUACUCUUCAUAAUGGCCAUCGGCGCACAGAUUCCUAACGCAGCCAUCACAAGCUUCACAAGCGCAAUCAUCAAGAGCUUCGGCUUUGAUACUCUGGGCACGCAGUACCUCCAGAUUCCCGGCGGCGCGGUACAGUUCCUAUCGCUCUUGCUCGGCGGCGUGAUCUGCACGAAAUGGCCGCGUGGUUCGCGCUGUCCGACCAUGAUUACCGCCAACACGAUAUGUAUCAUCGGCUCUGCGCUGCUCGUAAGACUGCCUGAUGAGAACAAGUGGGGUCGUCUCGUAGCUUUAUGGCUCUGCUUCUUCCAAGGCCUAGGCUUCAGCAUGUCUUUAACAAUGAUAUCCUCUAACAUCGCGGGCUCGACUAAGAAGCAGUUGACCUCAGCUAUCCUCUUCGUAGGCUAUUGUAUCGGGAACAUCAUCGGGCCCCAAACCUUCCUCGAAAGCGAAGCGCCUCACUACCGCAGCGCCUAUGUUGCAAUGCUGGUAGGAUAUACAGUAAAGCUGUUGAGCAUAAUUACGCUCUACAUCUACAUGUGGCGCGUGAACGUUGCCCGUGACGCCGAGGGUGUCCUUGAUGAGAAAGCCGCCGUAGAGGCUGGCAUGCACGAUCAGACGGAGCUCGAAAAUAAAGGCUUUCGGUAUUCCUUGUAGAUCUGGUGUAGUACCUAUUGGGGUCAUAUCAACUACCUAGAAGCCCAUAUAAGUAGGUUUAAAUUGAGCCUGCAAAAUAAAGACCGACAUUGAGAUCGCCAUAUGCCGGAAAAGAGUAAUGAAACAAAUAG